UUGUUUUUAAGGGAAAUGAAUGGAAAUAACCCACUUUGAGGAAGCCAUGGCCAAAUCAAACACAAAACACAGAGUUUGUUCUCGGGAAUCUUCAGUAUCUUCUCUGCUAGCAAGCUGCAGCCUGAGUGGUAGUAAUUCCUCUACCUCUGAUGGCUCUUUUCACUUUAGGAAUAAACUGUAUAGAUCUGCUUCUCAGGCUUUACAGGCCUACAUUGACGAUUUUGACCUAAGCCAAAUAUAUCCUGGUGCAGGCACUAGAAAAAUUAACAUUGAUGAGGACUCUACUGAUAUGCCACAUUUCUCCAACGAUAUUUAUAAACCAAACAAUGCUUUUGAAAAUCCUGAUCACAAAAAGCACUCAAACUCCUUAUUCUGUAGAAGACAGACUAUUAAUGACAUAGACUCCAUUAGCCUAACAACUGAUGAUCUAUUAAAACUUCCAGCAGAUGGAUCAUUUUCUUUCACUUAUAUUGGACCAGGUCACCAAAUGAGCAAGAAAAAAAAGAAAUGCAUUGGAAGACUGGGUUCAUUGGACAUUGAAAAGAAUUCAAAUUUUCAAGAACCUUCCAUUCCCAUGGGCAAGGAUAACUUAGUUACUCCUGCUGUAUCCACAAAUAUAAAUGGAAAGCAAUGUGGUAGGCUAAAAAACCCAAAACAUAUGAAUAGGACUAAUAAAUGUGUUUCUGAGUCAUCUUUAUCUUUUCCGAAGAAAUCAUCUUUCAAGGACAAUUCAGAACACAGUCAUGGAAAGAAUUAUCCAAGAUGGCUCACUAGCCAGAAAUCUGACCUUAACGUUUCAGGGAUAACUAGUAUACCUGAUUUCAAAUACCCAGUCUGGCUCCACAAUCAAGACUUGCUACCUGAUGCAAAUAGUCAAAAGGUUCAUAAAAUAUUUAAAGAAGAUCAGUGUUCCCCUAGACAUAGUUAUCAGGCACAAAGAACUCGGCAUGUGAAUAAAUUAGAUUGUUUUGAAUAUUCUUUCGAACCCUCAAACUUUCCAAAUUCCUUGAGUGAUGAUGAUAAAGAAUUAGUUAAUGAAUACAAAUGUGAUUUUGAUCAUAGCCAAUGUCAAUGCGAGAAUCCACUUCUCCCAGGACAAUCCACAAAGCCAUUCAGUGGUAAUACUUUGUUUUUAGUCAAAUCUCCUGUUCCUGUUAACUCUGAUGACAGUCCUCAAACUUCAAGGGCAAAGUGUACUAAAAGGGUUCUUGAAGACUUUUUAAAUGAUGAUAAUCAGGUAGCAAGGGCUUUGCACCAUUUAUCUCGCCUGAGAGACCUUGUUGAUGAUACCAGUGGAAAACAGUCACCAAAAAUAUGA